CUGCCAGUCUCUCUCUCCUGGGAAGAUGUUCCUGGUGGGCCUAACGGGAGGCAUUGCCUCAGGCAAGAGCUCCGUCAUCCAGGUGUUCCAGCAGCUGGGUUGUGCUGUGAUUGAUGUAGACGUCAUUGCCCGGCACGUCGUCCAGCCAGGGUACCCUGCUCACCGGCGUAUCGUAGAGGCCUUUGGCACUGAAGUCUUGCUGGAGAACGGCGACAUCGACCGCAAGGUCCUUGGAGACCUGAUCUUUAACCAGCCUGAUCGUCGGCAGCUCCUCAACUCCAUCACUCAUCCUGAGAUCCGCAAAGAAAUGAUGAAGGAGACCUUCAAGUACUUUCUCCGAGGGUACCGCUACGUGAUUCUGGACAUCCCCCUCCUGUUUGAGACCAAGAAGCUGCUCAAGUACAUGAAGCACACCGUGGUAGUGUACUGUGACCGAGACACACAGCUGGCACGGCUGAUGAAGCGGAACAACCUGAAUCGUGAGGAUGCAGAGGCAAGGAUCAAUGCCCAGCUGCCCCUGAAGGACAAGGCCCGCAUGGCCAACCACGUUCUGGACAACUCGGGGGAGUGGAGCCUCACCAGACGCCAGGUCAUCCUCUUGCAUGCCAAGCUGGAACGCUCCAUGGAGUACCUGCCACUGAGGCUCGGGUUCCUAACGGGCCUAGCAGGCAUUGCCAGCCUCCUUUACCUGCUCACCCGUUACCUCCUGCCCUCUCCUUAACUGGGUACACCAAGGCAGCAAGGCUUAGGCCUCCUCCUUAGAGACCUAAGUCAGGUACCACGUCCUCAACACUACAUUCACUCAUCCAGUCUGGGACUCAGCAGAAAAUCUCACUAUCAGGUGCCCCUUCCCUCCCUCCCUAGUGCACCCUCAUCCCUAGUGCCCCCUCAGAACAACACCCACGGUGGCAGGAGAACAGUGGUCUCUGUGGCCCUCACCACGGUUACAGCAAUGUAGCCCACAGUUUCUUGGGCUUGAGCCCUCUUGGGGCAUCUGCCCUAUCAUGGCCACAAACUCCCUGUGGUUUUUUUUUUUUUUUUUUUUUGGUUUUUCAAGACGGGGUUUUUCUGUGUAGCUUUGCGCCUUUCCUGGAACUCGCUUUGGAGACCAGGCUGGCCUCGAACUCACAGAGAUCCGCCUGCCUCUGCCUCCUGAGUGCUGGGAUUAAAGGCGUGCGCCACCACCGCCCAGCCACAAACUCCCUGUGGACCACAGCAAAUCCUUCUAAACUGAAGGCCUUCUUCAAACAGCUGUCUCCUGGGUUGAAGCCUUUUGCCAGGGUGCGGUGUGACUCCUCUGGGGGUGCUGUGGCUAGGCAAAGACGGGCACUCUGGCGUCCCUCGGGCCCCAUACUGCCUGACCUCUGUGCCUUCCCCCAGAUGCUCCCUGCCCUGCCGUACCUUACCCCUGGCUGCCCCUGGUCAGGCCCCCCGUGUUUUAUCUUAAUCCAUGGUAGAAUAACCAACAAGAAACUGAUUUCUCCUAGACUGUAUGCCUCUAGGAGGCAGGGCUGACUCCUCUCCAGUGUACUACAGCCCUGCUCUCCACUGGUGCUCAAUAAAUUGAAUUGAUCUAAAA